GUAUGCGCCAUCUACCCAGGAGGGCUCGGACUUGUCCCCAACAACUUCGAAUCCUCGCUUCCAAGACAAUGUCGACGUUAAAAUUCCCAGCAGAAGAAAAGGCAAAGGUUGACAAGUUCGUCACUCAGUCGCCUAACUCAAUGUAUCUGUUUGAUGCUCCUCAUCGAGGUGCCAAGAUCGCCGAACUAUGUAGAAGCUCAGGUCCACCCGGCAGCAAUCGCAAAAAUGACUGUAUCUCUGUCGCGAUAGAAAGCCGGCAUUUGUUUGAAUACAUGCAGAAACUUGGGUUUUUCUGUCAACUGCCAUUUGAUCCAUCAAGGACUGAAAUCGAAUGCCGAAGAAUAGAAUUGGUCACUGGCAUGCCUCUUGACCCAAACCCAACGCCUUGAUACUCAACACUCGAAUGUAUUUCUUGAUCUACAUCCAAUCCCAGUACUUUAAUUGACACGAGGUUUGAAACCAUGAUUGGAUUCAUCAAAUCCGACUUGUCCAUAUAUGAAAAGAUUCAGUUGUCUCAUGAUACCAACAUACACUACACGCGUUACACUUUAGUCGAGUCAAAAGAUCAGCUCUGGGUAAUAGCUCCUCUUGGCUUACAAUGAACUUCAUUCUAAUCGUUUGAGAUUUCUAUAUGAUGAAAGCUGGUGUCAUGGACAAGCCGGUCAUAAUAAGGAUACAUUUUAAAAACCUGUAGCAUUCGACUUGACCAAUAUCAUCUCUUUAAGCAUAUCAACAUUUGCCUACCUGCUGUGACCAUGAAGACUUUGGUCUCUUCACGUCAGUCUUUCCGGAUUGGAGCGCACAAGUAA